GCGACUGUUGGCUGGCCUGGCCGCGCAACAAAUGCUGCGCCUGGCUGCGGCCCUGCUGACGCUCGGGAUCGGCGGCCUGAUUGUCAUCACCGGCCGCACGGCCAAGGCGAGGUCGCGGGUGAGGCGGGCGUCGCGGCGCGCGAGGCGGCGGAGGCUGCGCGGUGACCUGGAGCUCGCACCGCUGCUGCGCGGGACCUACGCCACCGAGUGCCACGCCGCCCGCCGGGCCGCGUCGGGCAGCGCGCAGCUCGUAAUCUCGUGGUUCGAGAAGAACGCGGAGAGGCUGGCGGGGCUCACGGGGCGUGCAGGCGGCAGCACCGCCGCCGAGCCCGCGUCGCCGUUCGGAGGACUCGCCGCCUCGGCGGUCGACGUGGCUCUGGCGGCGUCGGCGCGCGGUGCCGCGGCGGCCGCCGCGCGGCCGCCGCUCUCCGUGCUCGGAGUGGGCUGCGGCGACGGCGAGGUUGACCUGCGCCUGAUGCUGGCCCUCCGCUCGGCGCUGACUCGGGCGCGGCCCGGCGCUGCGCGGCUGCGCUAUGUGGCGCUGGAGCCGAACGGCGCCGCGGCCGAGCUCUUUCGCGCGCGGCUCGAGCUCGCCCGAUCGACGGGCGCGCUGGGCGGCCCCGAGGAGACAUCCGCCCUCAUCCUAGAAGAGCGGUUCGACGAGCGUCCGCUGCGAGGCUCGCUCGGCGGCGCCAGCAGCGCCGAGAGCGGCGGGGGGGGGGACGGGGGCGGCGGCGAGGGCGGCGAGGGCGGCGAGGGCGGCGAGGGCGGCGGUGGCCCUCCCCUCUUUCGGUCGCUGACGCAGUUCGACCUCGUGGUCGGCGUGCACGUCGUCGGCGCCUUCAGCGACCCGCAGGCGGCCUUCGGGCGGCUGGCUGGCCACACGCGGCCGGGAGGCCAUCUCGUGCUCGUCCACCCAGCGGCGCGCGGAGUGGCGGAGCUCGCCGCGGAGCAGGCGCGGCUCGUCAAAGGGUCGGAGACGCACAGCUGCGCGUGGGACGAGCUGCGGAGGCUCGCCUCGCUCCACCGCCUCCGCUGCGAGCUCGAGAUGCUCGAGUCGCGUCUCGACUGCACCGAGUGCCUCGCCCGCUCGCCGACCGGCGUCGCCAUCCUCUCGCACUGCCUCGACGCGGACCUGCGCCGGCUGUGCGAGCCGAAGAUGCUGCGGCUGCUGCAGUCGCUCUGGCGGCUGGCCACGAUCGGAGAGCACGGGGCGCACGUGGAGGAGACGACGGCCAUCUUCCUCCUCUCCAAGCCCCGCGCGGGCAGUGCGGGUGCGGUGUGAGCCGGUGAGGGCGUGCAGUGCGGGUGGUCCAGUCCAAGGAGGAUGGCGGUGGUCGCGGAGCGCGUGGUGCGGCGCGUGGGCGGGGUAUAUGUGGGCGAGACCGCGUGAGGGGGGACCGCGCCGAGUGCGGAAAGAGACGACGGGCGGGCGUACGUGGGUACCGGCCGUUUCUUGCGUCUCGUUUUUUUGAAGAGAGUAGAAAC